UAUUAACAAACCAUAAACCAUACUCUCUAGUACUUCUUACUUUUCUUGAUUACUAAUUCCAAACAACCAUUUCCAUUUUCUUCAACAAAAAACCAACAUUCUCUUUCAAAUUUCUCUUUAUAACACACAAAUGGACAUUCAGCAUUCAAAAUUCAAAAGAAUCUGUGUUUUCUGUGGAAGUAGUCCUGGCAAAAAAACUAGCUACCAAGAUGCUGCCAUUCAACUUGGACAAGAAUUGGUUUCAAGGAACAUUGAUCUUGUUUAUGGAGGUGGAAGCAUUGGUCUCAUGGGUUUGGUUUCUCAAGCUGUUCAUGAUGGUGGUCGCCAUGUCAUUGGAGUUAUUCCCAAGACACUCAUGCCUAGAGAGCUAACUGGUGAAACUGUAGGAGAAGUAAAAGCUGUUGCUGAUAUGCAUCAAAGGAAAGCUGAAAUGGCUAAACAUUCUGAUGCUUUCAUUGCUUUACCAGGUGGAUAUGGUACUCUAGAGGAGCUUCUUGAAGUGAUAACAUGGGCGCAACUUGGAAUUCAUGACAAGCCGGUGGGAUUAGUAGAUGUUGAUGGAUACUUUAACUCUUUGUUGUCCUUCAUUGACAAAGCUGUGGAAGAAGGAUUUAUCAGUCCAAAUGCUCGUCACAUAAUUGUAUCCGCACCAACCGCGAAAGAGUUAGUCAAGAAAUUGGAGGAAUAUGUUCCAUGUCAUGAGGGGGUUGCUUCAAAGUUAAGCUGGCAGAUGGAACAGCAGCUAGCAUACCCUCAAGAUUAUGACAUCUCAAGGUAGCUUUAGCUGUGUUUCCUUCAAUUGCAAGCAAGAUGAGAGACUAUAUAGAAUUUUGGAGAUGGAAGAAGCUAUUUUCAACUAUCAGUAUUCUGUUGUUUUUUUUAUAAUCCUUUAAUUUCUCAUGUAUAUUACUUGGAUUGACAUGAACCUAUGAAAGUUAAACUACUUUAUUACUAGUAUCGUGUUAUAAACUUUGAUUUUUAUUGAAGUUGUAACUUGUAAGUAAGUACCUCUUCUUAACUUAUUAUUCAAUGA